AUAAUCCCCGCCUCUUCUAUUGUAAUUGGCUAUUUGUCCAUUCAGGUAGAGGAAGGGGCAAGGGAAUUAGAGAAUCCUCACGUCAAUCAAACACUGUGUAAAGGAAACGGGAUGCAUUGAAGUGUAGUAGGCAGGCUCCAUUCAUUGCAAUAAUUAAUGUAUAGCAAUAUUUUUAUUGCAACUGUUUAAAAAAAUGCAUCUUCUAUUCCUGCACAUAUUAGUUUGUAUAAAUCUAGUACCAUCUGCAAUCGGGAAAACCAUAGCAGGAGUUUUCAGCAGCGUUGCAGCAAGAAAUACAAGAGGACAGUACAUUGGAAAAUUUCUAUAUCACGGGAAGAAUGCAUUAUUACACUGCAGACUUGAAGACAUCCAAGCAGCUGUUGAGAAGGAAGCCACACUGAUCCUCUUCCGUGAGCAUACAUGGCUAAACCUACAUGAAUCCGAAAAUCUCAGCUGUUUAGAACAUCUUUCAAAAGCUGAGCUGACAAUUGCUUUGAACCAAGAAGAGAACAACCAGACAAUACCUGAGCUCCAUUUCCCUCAGACAUGGUAUGUUAGUUAUGUGGACCAGCAUACCUGUGAAGAAGGUGAUAUCAUUGCUUCAGAUGCAAUUCAAUUUGAGAUCAUGAUGUUCAACCCUGAUGCGGCAGGGAAUCCACUGGAUCACUUUAGUGCAGAAGAAACUGGCUUACAAGGCUUCUAUUUUCUGCUCUUAUUGGCCUACUUUGUAGCUACCUGUAUAUAUGCUCAACCACUAUGGCAGACUAUGCAAAAAGGUGGCCCAAUGCACACAGUUUUAAAAGUUUUGUCUACUGCAUUGCUGCUGCAGGCCGGUGCAGCAUUAUUUAAUUACAUCCACUUGUCAAGAUAUGCAAAGGAUGGUAUUGGGAUUCCUAUUAUGGGUAGUUUUGCCGAAUUUUUUGACAUGGUUUCCCAGAUUCAGAUGCUGUACAUGCUGCUGAGCUUAUGCAUGGGCUGGACUCUGGGUAAAAAUCGCAAAUCCCAGAGCAAGCCCCUGCAGUGGGACUCCACUCCAACAUCUACAGGAAUUGCUUUGGCAGCUGUAAUCACUCAGGGUAUUCUAUUACUUUGGGAGCAGUUUGAAGAUACCGAUCACCACGGUUACCAUGCUCACCGCAGUAUGGCAGGAUUGCUGCUAAUUGGUUUAAGGGUGAGCCUCUCCAUGUUGUUGGCUUCUAGCCUUUACAGAAUCAUCAAUGUUGAGAGAAGUGUACUUAAGAGGGACUUCUACUUAAGCUUUGCAAAGGGUUGCUUUUUGUGGUUCUUGUGCCACCCAACAGUUGUGGCUCUUUCUGUUGUGUUCAAUGAGUACCAGAGGGAAAAGAUCAUUACCAUUGCUGUUAUCCUUUGCCAAUCUAUAUCUGUGGUAGUACUAUACAGACUCUUUCUUUCUCGCAGUCUCUACUGGGAGGUUUCAUCACUGUCAUCUGUUACGCUGCCACUAACCAUGUCCAGCGGGCACAAAAGUCGAUAUUACUCAUAACAGUAAACAACAAGUGUUGAACAUGCAACAGUGACCAAUAGCUUAUAGAGAGGAGCACUCCAUUCACGUAGCCGUGUUAAUUGAGGUUGGUGACCACUGCUUUUGCACAAUGUGAAAGUGGAAACAGACCAUGUGGUCAACUGAGCUUGUAAUACCAGAUCAGCUUCAAAAACCAAAUGCACACAAAAUCUUUUUUUUUUUUUUUUUUUUUAAAUCAAGGAUCGCUCGGAGUCCCUAGUUAUGGACUGGUAUAGAACACAAUUCUAUACGUUGUAAUUCAUUUCAUAAGAUCAUAGUUUUACUGACCUUAAAUAUUCCACAUGUUCAAAGGUGUCUAUCAAAUACACAGUGGGGUCCAAAAAGAUAUUAUAAUAUUUUAAUUUAAAUGUUUUCUUUCUGUGUAAAUUUAAGUUUAAAGUAUUAUUUGCCUAUAUUAUUAGAUAUCCUACCUUACACAAUGCUGUUAAACACUUAAUUCCUUGAAGCACCCCUCUUAGCCAUUAUGACAGCCAGACAAAUGUUCAGUAAAUUACAUGGUUGUAGCACUCACUACACUGGCUCAUAGAAAUGAUAUUAUUAUUAUUAUUAUUAUUAUUAUUAUUAUUAUUAUUAUUAUUAUUUAAUUCUUAGCAGACGCCCUUAUCCAGGGCGACUUACAAUUGUUACAAGAUAUCACAUUAUACAUUAUUUCACAUUAUACAGAUAUCACAUUAUACAUUAUUUCACAUAUACAGUGCCUUGCGAAAGUAUUCGGCCCCCUUGAACUUUGCGACCUUUUGCCACAUUUCAGGCUUC